CAGACAAGCUCAGGGCAGUAAUACCUCGAGUCUCAGUGGGCUUGACUGUGAGAUGUUUACGCAGCUGAGGUUGACAGGCAGGUCGUCGGUGUGUCAGGCCUUUUACUACCUGUAGUUAGCCGCUACAGUGACCACAUCAGGCGACGGUGAAGAGGAAAAUCUGUGGACCGGUAAUGCAUUGAGGUGACAAUGGAGACCACAGGCAGUGCCACCGAGGGCGACCCUUUGAAGAGGGGCGAGGACGGCGCUGAGACAGGAACAGCAACAGAGCUGAAGAAAAAGAGUUGUAAAGAAGUCUUGGGUCUUUCCAAACUGACCCAUUGGCGAACCGCAGUCUUCUUCUUCUCCUUGUUCCUGUGCCUCACCAUAGUGUUUGCCUUCUCCUUCAUCAUCCCCUGCCCUGUGAGACCACAGUAUCGCAUUACCUGGAACAGGACUUUCUCUCAAGCAGCAACCUACGACUUCUUAGCUGUUGAAGAUACAAGCAAAGACAAGGUGAAUGAUGUCCUGUUUGUCGUCAAGGACACAGAAGGCAGUCAGAACAAUACGUGUGUUAAUGCAGGUCUGCCCUCGCCAUGUGUGUUUUUGUUAGCAGUGGAUGGGACAGAUGGAGAGACCCUGUGGGAGCGUCCACUGGCUCCUGAGUUCCACUGGGCUCAGUGUGGCCUGGAUGAAGAAACAGGCAGAAACUGGGGCUGUCUGCUGUCCCACUCUGACCAACUCACAGCUAUUGACAAACACACUGGUAAUAUCAUGUGGCAGCAGCCUCAGCCUACCGGUCUCCGCAGCACUUUGCCCGUUCUUAGUGUUCCAGAUCUGGAUGGGGACAAGGUCGAAGACGUGGCUCUGGUGGCAUCUGACAACACACAGACUCAUCUAGUAUUCCUCUCAGGGAAGACGGGUCUUGAGAUUGGUUCGACGGUGGUUCUUGACUCCACAGAGACAACCAGUCAUCUUCUCCAUCGCACUACAGAAGGUUCUCACUACGUAUUACUUCAAAAAGACACCGGCUUGUACGGACUGGCGCUGUGGAGGAUUGCUGCCCAGGCUAAAGCAGGGAUGGAGGCCGGGCUCAAGAAGGAUAAACACUGGGAGAAGAAUGCCAGUGCAGCAUCCGGCCUCGUACCCAUCUUUGAAUCUGAUUCAGUGAGACGAGUGCUACGAACAGGAGAAACAGAUGAUCCACCCAACCUGCUGGUUGUGACUGCGAAGGACGUGGCAUUAGUUGAUGGAAAACAUUUGCAGCUAGUGUGGAGAUUCAAUACCAGCUCAGUCCUCAGUGAGCCCUCCUUUGGGCACUUUAACAAAGACGGUUUACUUGAUGUUGUCAUCGAGGAGGAUAUUGGCAACAACACAAAGAGGGUAAUCAUUCUUGAUGGGAAGUCUGGUGGUGUGCUGUGGGAAGUCAACCUUUUGAAAAGUCCCAACUCCCCAAUACCCGCAUCAAUACACACCGCAAACUCCUUCUCGGUCUUUGUGUUUUGGGGCAUGAUGCCCUCAGACAGCAACUCAUCUGAGCCAUUAGGGAGUGACCAACAUUCUUACUUGCUCAAUCCUCUCUACUCCAAAGUCCUCCUUGAGUCAACCAGUUUCACGGACCACAUCAUAGCAUUUAAAGCCACGCUGUUGGAGCGUGGACGCCACGCCGCCUACAUCCUGCUGACAGGUCCUGAGACAGAGGGAGCCGAAGGCACUGUGGUCCUCAGAAAGCAGAAGCUGAAGCAAGGCGUCCCUGACAGUAAAGUGCUCCGUAUUGGCAGCGGCGGAAGCACAGAGACCAACGAUGACAUCAAAGAGGCCUUCAACCGUCUCCGCUUCAGUGAAUGGUGAAAGGACCAAGUGUAAAAUGUAGAGUAUAUCCUCAGUGUUCGAACCAUUUCGUCACAACUGGCUGUUUGGCGACUAAAAAAUGUGUCUAUAUUAGCUAUGACUUACAAACUGCUGACAACCAAAAAUAUUCCUUUGUGUUUUGAGACUUUGGUUGACUUGAUUUGACAGGGCUCUUCCAUAAAUUUCAACCGGGUAUUACCUGUUUUCAGACAUGAGUUUGAUAUUGUGAAGUGUCCAAAGAGCUCCUGUUGCCUGACAAUCACACAUUUCUGCUCUUCUCCUGCUGAUAGAUCCAUCAGAGGAUCUGCUGUACUGUUCCUAGCACUUUCAUGCAUCGAUGCAAUGCUUUUUUUUUUAAAUUGCAGAGGCUGGAUUAUUUUAUGAAUCUAUGCAACUUUAUGUCGCAUUGGCCUUAAAAAGUAACAGAUGCAUGCCAACCACUGCAGGUGGUUGUGCCUGUGUAAAAUGAUAGUAGCCUGAAAGGAAUGGCUGCACAAUGACAGGGCUUUUCUAUUGGUACACUAUCCUCAGCAGACAGAUGUACAAUCAAACUUGAAAUACAACAGAAACCCCACCAACCUUAAGGUCCACACUGUGUGGUUACAUUUUUUUAUUUAACGUAUUCUCUUAAUGAAAGUAGUCAGGCAGUUUUCUAGUCAGUGGUACUGUUGUUGAUAAUCACUACAUGCUGUAACUUGUGAUGCUAUUUCAAUAGAGCUGCAACCAUUAAUUGAUUAGUGGGUCAAAAGAAAUUAAUGGCCAAUUAUUGUAAUUAUUGAUUAAUUCUUUUAGUCAAUUUUCAAGCAAAAAUGCCAAACAUUUGCAGGUUUCAGAUUCUAAGAUGUUUGAAUUUGCUGCUUUUUAUUGUCAUUUACGAUAGUACAUAAACAGUCUUUGGGUUUUGAGGUUUUUGUUGAACUAAAGAAACAGUUUGAAGACAUCUUUUUGGGUUCUGAGAAAUUGUUAUGACCAUUUUUUACUCUUUUUUGGACUAAGUAAUGAAUCGAUUAAUUUUGAAAAUAAGUGGCAAAUUAAUCAAAAAUACAAAUAAUCAUUUGUUGCAGCCCUAAUGCACACUGAUUGAACCUUAGACGCACUCGAUGCUGAGCCUUAAAGGCUUUCCAUAAUGCUGAGUCACUGCUGUGGGUUUACAGCUCCUUGCAAAGCUGUUGUUUUCCCUCAUUGAUAGAUAUAUAUAUAUAUAUAUUACUAAAAUAAGUGAAAAUGAGGUUCUUGUUUUAGCUGUACAUUUAUGAAUUGAACCUGUUGGGCGGGCCUUUGUCAGAGCUGGUUUUUCUUUCUGACUUGAUAUGUUUGAAUUUAAGCAAUAUUAAACAGUUUUAAAAUAA